AUGCCGAGGCCUCCUCCGCCCGGCCGAGGGGCUCCGGGCGCCAGGCGGCCGAUGCGGGACUUCUUCGCGGCCUGGCUCGCCACCCUCCGCUCGCCGCUCCUCCCGUUGCUCCGCCGCGCGCUCUCCUCCUCCCCAGGCGCCUGGAACGACCCAUUAUCAUCGGCAGCCGCCGCCGUCGAUGCCCACUUCGAGGCGCACUGGUCCGCCCUCGACUCGGCCGCCCGCCAGGACCCCGCCCAGGUCAUCUGCGCCGGAGAUUGGCGGUCGCCCCUGGAGCUCCCCUUCCUCUGGCUCGGCGACUUCCACCCCUCCCUCCUCACCUCCCUUCUCCGAUCGCUGUCGCCUUCGCCGCGGCUCCUCGCCUCCGCCGACCGCGUCGACCGCCGAAUCCGCGCCGCCGUCCCCGUCCUCUCCGACCGCCUCCGCCACGCCCAGGAGGUCUUCACCUCCGCGGAGGUGGCUGGCGGGGCCGACCUGGAGGCGUUCUUGGAAGAGCUCAAGGCCGUCGCCCUCGAGGCUAAUCGGCUCCGUCGGGGCGUUCUUUCGGAUCUCGUUGCUGCCGCCGGUGGGCACCAGGCGGCGCUCUUCCUCGAAGCUCUGUCGCGCUUCGUGCUCUCCAUGCACGACCCGGAGGUGCUCCGCCGCUUCGACCAUUGUCGCCCCUCGCCUGGCAUCUUUGGGAGACACGAGGCGCGGUAG